AUGAAUGAGUUCCCAUCCUCUUCCUCCAAACUGCAAGUGCUUGAGACGGAUGACAUCGCGGGCGUCCUUGCCGCGCCCAUCUGUACCUUGCUCUCUCCCUCGCUCACCGAUUUGAGAUUUUGUUGGGACGAAGAGGUGGAUCGCUUCACAAAGGAGCAAGAGGACGCCCUUCAGCUCCUCACCUCUCUCGAGAUCACAUUUUGGUUCUCUGACAAGCUGCAGUGCCUCCCUGCUGGGCUUCAUGGACUCCCCAACCUCAAGAGAUUAAACAUAUAUAGAUGUCAAGCCAUCCGAUCGCUGCCCAAGGAUGGCCUCCCAAGUUCACUGCAAAAAUUAAAGAUCAAUAGCUGCCCAGCCAUUCGAUCGCUGCCCAAGGCGAAUGACCUACCAAGUUCACUCCGAGAAUUGGAUGUCCGGGAUAGCGAAAACAAGGAGCUAAGAAGGCAGUGUCGCAAGUUGAUUGGAAUCAUUCCAGUUGUCUACGCCUGA